CUUUGUCACACACAACCCUUUAUAAAAACUCUUCAUUUGCUAAGUGUAUGAUAAUAAUCACAUUCACAACAUACUCUACCAAUCAUCUCCAAUAUCUCUCCCUUGUAGUAGAAAACAAAAAUGGCUCCAAGCUUAACAAAGGGUACUCUAGAAACAAUGGGUCGAAUUGAUGGUGCUAUACAAUCAACCAUCAAUCUAGAAGCAUCCACUUUUUUUGCUAAUGGCCACUCUUUUUUCACUCAAGUCCCACCUAAUAUUACUGCCACUCCCUUUGGAAAGCCACUCAAAACUACUACCGCCACUCCCUUAGGUGGCUGCUUCGUUGGGUUCCACGUGGAUAAGCCCCGCAGCCGCCAUGUGGUUCCUAUUGGUAAGCUUAAGGGGAUCCGGUUCAUGAGCAUUUUCCGGUUCAAGGUAUGGUGGACUACCCACUGGACCGGAACUAGUGGUAACGAUGUUGAAUAUGAGACCCAAAUGAUGAUGUUGGACAAGAAUGAGUUGGGCCGUCCAUAUGUCUUGCUCGUCCCAAUUAUCGAGGGCCCGUUCCGGGCCUCCCUCCAGCCCAACUCAACCCAUAAUGAUGAUGUUUGCCUUUGUGUGGAAAGUGGGUCGACCCGGGUAACCGGGUCGGUUUUUCAGGCUUGUCUCUACAUGCAUGUAGGAUCCGACCCGUUUGACCUCGUGCAAGAUGCGUUUCGAGUCCUCCAGGCUCACCUGGGGACUUUCAAACUCUUGGAGGAGAAGAAUCCGCCUGGAAUAGUAGACAAAUUUGGUUGGUGCACUUGGGAUGCCUUUUACCUAAAGGUCAACCCUAAGGGCAUAAAAGAAGGUGUUAGACACCUAACCCAGGGCGGAUGUCCGCCCGGACUAGUCUUAAUAGACGACGGGUGGCAGUCGAUUUCUCACGACUGCGACCCUAUAACUCAGGAGGGGAUGGAUUUAACCUCUCCUGGGGAACAAAUGCCAUGUAGGCUAGUAAAAUAUGAGGAAAACUACAAGUUUAGGGACUAUAAAAGUCCCAAAGGUAAAGGGAAAGGGUUAAGGGGAUUUGUAAGUGACCUAAAAGAAGAGUUUAGGACAAUAGAACAUGUAUACGUGUGGCACGCUUUAGCGGGAUAUUGGGGUGGGAUAAGGCCUAACGUGUCCAACAUGCCAAGUACUAAGGUCAUUAGUCCUAAAUUGUCCGAGGGAUUGCGUACGACUAUGGAGGAUUUGGCCGUGGAUAAGAUUGUCGAAAAUGGUGUCGGAUUGGUGUCACCGGAGAUAGUGGAGGAGAUGUAUGAAGGGUUGCAUUCUCACCUUGAAGAGGCUGGAAUCGAUGGUGUUAAAGUUGAUGUCAUUCACUUGCUAGAAAUGUUGUCAGAGGAAUACGGGGGACGCGUGGAGUUAGCAAAAGCAUAUUACAAGGCACUGACCGCAUCAGUUAAGAAGCAUUUCAAAGGAAAUGGAGUUAUUGCAAGUAUGCAACAUUGCAAUGACUUUAUGCUUCUUGGUACACACACCAUUUGCCUUGGACGUGUUGGGGAUGAUUUUUGGUGCACUGAUCCAAAUGGAGACCCAAAUGGGACAUAUUGGUUACAAGGUCUUCACAUGGUGCAUUGUGCUUACAAUAGCUUAUGGAUGGGUAACUUCAUUCAUCCUGACUGGGACAUGUUCCAAUCCACCCACCCUUGUGCCGACUUCCACGCCGCGUCACGGGCCAUUUCCGGUGGUCCGGUCUAUGUUAGCGACUGUGUCGGACACCAUAAUUUCGAGCUACUUAAGAGGCUUGUUUUGCCUGAUGGUUCUAUCUUAAGGUGCCAACAUUAUGCACUUCCUACAAGGGAUUGCCUCUUUGAGGAUCCUUUACAUGAUGGCAAGACUAUGCUCAAGAUUUGGAACCUUAACAAGUAUACAGGAGUGAUUGGGGCGUUCAACUGCCAAGGAGGGGGAUGGUGUCCACAAACACGUCGCAACAAAGCAGCAUCCGAGUUCUCACACCCAUUGAAAUGUUUAACAACUCCUAAAGAUGUCGAAUGGAGUAAAGGAAACAACCCAAUCUCCAUCGAAAAAACAGACAUUUUUGCAGUUUACACGUUCAAAGAAAAGAAGUUAAGACUCUUGAAACUCAAUGAUAAAAUGGAAGUUACCUUAAACUCCUUUGAUUUUGAGCUCUUGACGGUUUCCCCUGUACAAGUCCUAGGGGGCAAAUCGGUCCACUUUGCCCCCAUAGGACUUGUUAACAUGUUAAACAGUGGCGGAGCUAUUGACACACUCGUAUUCCUAGACGAAGAAGACGUAAUAAUGGUUAAGGUUGGAGUGAAAGGUGUUGGUGAUUUUAAGGUGUUUUCUUCAGAGAAGCCGAGAUGUUGUCGUGUUAAUGGUAAAAAUGUUGAGUUUUCUUAUGAAGGUUGCGUUGUUGGCAUUCGAAUUUUGCUACAAGAUGCCUUCUCGAGGUUGUCUGUGGUUGAAUAUGAAUUUUAGUUAUUUAGGUGCUACUCGAUCAUGAGUCUCAUGACCACUUUCAUUUGUACUUUCUUUAUAUGAAGAUUCUCGUUGUCACACUUUAGAAGUUUACGAUUAAGGAAUUGUAACACGCAAAUAUCACUAAGUCCUAAACAAUUGUUGAGAACAAACCCUUUUUUUAUUUUACGCUAUAUCGUAUGCCUAUGUACUAAAUCUCAAAAUAAAAUUGUGAUAUAUUGUAUUAACAUU